CUGGCUCCAACCCAAAAGAAAGGAACACCAUUGCGACCAUCGUCAAGCGUUCCCAGUCACUCCUUUUUAUGCCGCCACGAUCGCCCCUACGCUGAAUCAACUUACUCCGAGAAAGAUCUCGACGACCGAAUCCGCGCAGCAACCAUGACUCGCGCCCAGCAGACCGUUUCCCUUGCGCUCCUCGUGAGCUCGCUCUAUCUGGCCCUUUACCUCCAGCUCGUCCCGAUUCCCGCCAAGAUCCAAGACGAGAUCGUCCCCGUUUUGCCCUUCUGGGUCCUCAUCUCCUUCGGAUCGUACCUCCUCGCCCGUCUCGGAUACAACGUCAUGACCUUCAACGAUGUGCCCGAGGCGCACAAGGAGCUGAUGGCUGAGAUCGACGAGGCCGUUGUCGACCUGCGGAAGCUCGGCGUCGACGUUGACUACGACUAAACAGGGAGGAGAUGCGAGAUACCAGAGCCGGUAUCAGGGUCAACAGGAAAGGGGAGCCAAGGUUGGGGAGUUCAGAGGGAGAAAAAUCCGGGGAUAAACAUCUGGCUUAACGGAAUCAAACUCGGCGGCUACGCACGGCUGAGAUUACCGUGUUACUCGGAAUUUCGCAUUGGUGACGUGACUCUGUUUGGGAUCACCUGCUGUCUUUGAGUCUUCACGUUCUAGCAACGGACCCGCUGCAGCCCUGUUGUUCUUUUUUCGAGCAGCAGGAAAAGCUGAGCUUCCCAUACAGAUCGUUACAUGCUUCACCUCGGCUCUACCAAACCGUUUACGGAGGCAUGCCAGCAGUGCUUGAUGCAAUGCAAUGAACGGCUCAUUCGGUACCUAUGCUCGAGUCGAUGGCAUCUGCGAACACAAAGCAUCAAAAGAACACGAACAGCAGGAGAGCGCUGGCGGCAUCUGAUGCACCGAAUCAGAACCCGUGUUCUACUCUCACGGCUCAACGCUUGCUGCUGGUGACGGUUACUAAUAAAGCAGCCACACUUCAC